UUAUUUAAGAAUAUGAAUCACGAAAGAAAUAUUUUCAUUUUCGUUUUCGUUGUGAAGAAAAUUAGAAUUUAUGUGCAUUUAGCAUAAGUUGUGAUAAUAGAGAGGUACAAAAUGAUUUGGCAGAUAUUAGCGAUAGCUACAUUAUUAACUAUAUGUGCAAGAUUUAAUUUGACUACAGGCGGAAAUAUUUCUAUACAAAAACUCGGUAAUCAGACUGGUGAGAUGUCAUAUGAAUGUGGUAGAAAUGUUACCCUUACUUGUAACUUUAAGAAGAGAAGAUUUGCCAUUUCGUGGAUGAAUGCAAUCGAUGUUAUACCAAUUGUAAAAUGUUCACAAAAUAAUUGUUUUUUAACCCCCGAUUAUGAAGGACAGUACAGAUUUACAUACGAUAGACAGGGCAUCUUCAAUUUGACAGUUAUACAGAUAACCAAGGAAGACAACGGGAGAAAGUUGAUUUGUUCAGACGGUACUGACAGCGAUUCUGAAAUUAUAAAAGUUACAGACUAUCAGCCUCUUCUUUUUGAAGAUACAAUAAGUGGGACUGUAAGAGCGAUAUCGGGCUGUAUAUCUCAAGACACUGAGGUUUCUUUUAAAUGGAUAAAGAUGUCAGUUAGUAGUGGCAUUGAGGAGGAAAAAACACCAACAAUUCAUGCCAAUUAUACAAGAAGGUGUUCGAAUGAUUCUGAUUGCGGGUAUGAUCAACAAGUACAGUAUACAGAGAUCAUUUCUGCUAAAUCUAGUGACAAUGGGAACUAUUUUUUGAAAAUUUUAGCGGUAUAUGGGAAUGAAAGCAAAGAGUCAUACAGUACAGCUUACAAGUACAUUUUUGAAGACCAUGAUAAUGAACGGAUCGACAUUGCACCAGUAAUUGGACAAGUUGCUGUUGUUGUUGGUGUUGUUGGUGUUGUUGGUGUUAUUCUUGGAUUUAUUCUUCUGGUUGCUAGAUAUUUUGUGCUGAAACGUCGGAAACAACGAGAAAAAGAGAAUGUCAGGCAAAUGAAUACUAAAGAAAACACACAAAAUAUGUUGUUAAAAAGAAGAGAUACUCAACCAAACCACUGCUUGAAGAACAAGGCAAUUUACGAAUAGGAAGGCGAAACCACCACCCAUCCAAAUGAGCAGACAUUGUGAAAUUAUUUCAGUGGUAUUUUUCAAGAUAUCAUCACUUGUAUUUCACACCGUAUUACCGGCGCCAGUGAUGACAGAUUCAUGGUGGUGGUGUUUGAAGUUUGUGGUACCGUUUAUUGACCGAAUCGUUCCUGAGCAUGUAGUAAUGCAGUUUACCACAAGUAGUUGCUUUUACUUUCGCAAGGAACGUAUAUAUUUUGUUCAUGAUAGAGCAGAAGUACAGUGCGGAUAAUCAAAGAAAGGAUUUUAUGAUCAAUCACAAUUAAAUUGUACUUGCGUGAUAUAAAUAAACCAAUCAAAUUUAUA